CAUCUGAUAAUGAUAUUGUGUUUCAAUAUAGAUAUCAGGUUCUAAAAACUACUCAAACGGACUGAUUACAUUGACCACCUGCUCAAUUUCUCAACAUCCCAUUUCUGCACACUGCAGCUCAGAGAAGCUUCAGCAAUGGCUGCCAAGAGAGGAGCUCUUCUCACAAUGACUUGUUUCAGCUUAAAGCCUCUCAGUGUAAGCCCUUGUUCUCUUUUAUCCUCUCUUUUUCAUUCUCAUUUUCUUCCUUUCUCUACUAAACCUAACCCUAUUUCACAAUUUAAAGCCCCCUUUAUUCCAUCUCCAUCAACCACUCAUCCCGAACUAAAACAAUUACUCUAUCAUAAAUCUAAAGUUGGUUUCGACAAACUCGACGAUGCUCUUCUUGUGUUCGAUAAAAUGCUCCUUCUGAAAUCUGGGCUUUCUGUUGUGGAUUUCAACCAACUCUUAACCGCCCUUGUUCGCAUGAAAGAAUACUCUGUAGCUAUCUCCAUGUUUAGAGAAAUGCGUGUGUUAAGCAUUCCUGUUAAUAUUGUUACCUUUACUACUGCCAUCCAUUGUUGUUGUCACUUGAAUACGCUUGAUUAUGCCUUUUCAUUGCUUGCUGGAAUCAUCAAGAGUGGUCAUGUCCCCAAUGUUGUCACCUACAACACUCUCAUCAAGGGCCUUCUAUCUCAAGACAGGCCUUUGGAGGCUGGGGAUUUGUUUAAGAAGCUUAUCAGAUUUCAAGAAAUUCAGCCUGAUGUAGUUAUGUAUAACACCAUCAUUGAUGGUCUCUGCAAAACUUCAAAUACCUCCAUGGCUCUCAAGUUGUUAAGAAAGAUGGAGGAGAUAGGUUGUAACCCCGAUGCGGUAACUUAUAACUCCAUUAUCGAUUCUCUGUGCAAAGAGAGACGAGUCGAUCAUGCAUUGGAUCUUGAGUCUGAAAUGAUCGACAAAGGCAUAUCACCUAAUGUUAUAACCUAUAGCACGCUACUUCAAGGUCUUUGCAGCUCCGGCCGAUGGGAGGACACUGAGAGUUUGUUAACUGAGAUGGGUGUUAGGAAGAUCUCUGCAGAUUUGCACACCUAUAAUAUAUUAGUGGAUGCAUACUGCAAAGAAGGGAGGACAACAGAUGCAGAAGAUGUGAUUGAAAUUAUGAUCCAGAAAGGUGUGCCUCCUGAUUCAAUCACAUACAAUGCACUGAUGGAUGGUUAUUGUUUAACAGGCAAAAUGGACAGGGCACUAGAGGUGCUGAAUACCAUGAGGAGUAAUGAGAUAUGGCCAGACUGUUAUAGCUAUAACAUUCUGAUAAAUGGCUAUUGUAAGACGCAGAAAGUAGACAAAGCCAUCAAGCUCCUCAGACAGAUGCCUGUUGCAGGUUUAGAACCCAAUGUUCAAACCUACAACACCAUCAUACAUGGUUUGUUUCAGAUGGGUAGACAUAAUGAGGCGCGGAACCUUUUCCCUGAAAUGCUGAAAAAAGGUAAUAAACCAGAUAUCGUAACAUGUGGAAUUCUUUUAGACGGCCUUUGCAACAACCAAUACAUGGAUGAAGCAAUUUCCUUCUUUCAAUUGAUGGAAUGUAAAGGUAUAGUUCAUAAUAUUCAAAUACAUAAUAUUCUCAUUGAUGGUCUUUGCAAGAACAGAAAACUUGAUGAGGCCAGAAAUAUUUUUGAUAAGCUUGCUUCGAGAGGUUUGCAACCCGAUGUCAUAACACACAACAUAAUGAUCAGAGGACUUUGUCAAGAAGGGUUAUUUCAGGAAGCAAAGGAACUACUUUCUAAAAUGGAAACGAGUGUUUGGUUGCCUGAUGGUGUGACUUAUAAUACCAUCAUCCGUGGAAGUCUUUCGGAUAAAAGGGCAGUUGUACUGAUUGAGAACAUGCGAGCUCACAAAUUCUCAGCGGAUGCAUCUACCACAUCCAUGUUAGUAGACCUGGACCCCACCGUUCUUGCUUUCUGCAAAUGGUUUUUGCAACAGAAAAAUGAUCACGCUGACAGCUCGAGCCAUUCUUGAUUUGAGAAGAUCGGUCAAAUAGAUCUGAAGGUCUCUACAUCAAGUGCUGGAUAACUAAAUUGCAUCCCCUAGGCCCUCAUUUAAUUGUGCUUCCUGUUUGAAUGAGGACUGCUGAUUAGAAAUGCAGAAAAAUGAUCAGAAAAGUAUGAAUUCAUUGUCUUUACUCCUAUGACAGUCAUCUUUAAAAGCUAUAGGUCAUAGACCUAACUCUAUGUACUCACAGGUCUCAUCAAGUGGCCCCUUGAAUGUAGGAAUAAGCAUUUCAAAUGACUUGUGCACAUAUCUUACCGUUUGUUUCUUCGAGUAUUAUCUCUUACGGGCCAACUAAUUCAGCGUCGAACUUCAGAAUUUCAUCAAACUUGACAGGUUUAUCGUCGCUGUACUGGUUAAUUUUUACAGACAAUUGAGAUUACAUCGGCAUAACGAUGAUGGAUCUUGACAAAGAUAUUGGCUCCCAAGAUUGACAAGAGCAACAACUUAAGGGGUUUUCACCAGAUUCCAUGCUCAUCUGGAACACAAUGUUUGGCAAUCUGGACUCAUCCCAAACUAAAACAAUUACUCUAUCAUAAAUCUAAAGUUGGUUUUGAUAAACUCGAAGAUGCUCUUCUUGUGUUCGAUAAAA